UUCUAAACGCAUGAAGAGAGACAUUUUUCAGCGGCAAAUUUUUCUUCCAUACUGGUUUCCCCCCAUUUUUUCUCCAAACCUCCCCUCUCAACCAUACCCUCCCCCACCGACCAAACCACCGGCGCCACUCCAACCAACCGCCGCCCCUCUGCUAGCUCUCUCUCUUUCUCUCACUCGGACCCAGCAGCUAAAGGAUUCGCCGCCCACGAGCACCGUACCACGGAUCUCCGACGAGGGAGCGCCCACCACCCAUCGGAGCACUGCCCAACGCCGAUCAAAAACGAAGCCGACCACCGUAUUCUCGCUAUGCUCGUCGGGUGUUCGACAAAAUGUUUAAACCGAAUAUACAUGCUUUGUUUAUUUGGCACUCUAUGGAUAUGAUGCCCCCAUCAAGAAGAAACCCCCUGGGAAAACAUGUAAUUGUUGGCCAAAAUGGUGCUGCUGCUGUUUUGGAUCUAGAAAGAAGAACAAGAAAAAGAAGUCAAAUGAAAAAAAGAUUAAAAACAAGGAGGCUUCAAGUCAGAUACAUGCACUAGAAAAUAUUGAGGAGGGAAUCGAAGGAAUAGAUAAUGAAAAAUCUUCCCUAAUGCCCCAAAUAAAAUUUGAGAAAAAAUUUGGACAGUCACCAGUUUUCAUGGCUUCAACACUUAUGGAAGAUGGUGGAGUUCCAAAAGGACCAAGUUCUGCAUCACUCUUGAAGGAAGCAGUCCAUGUCAUUAGCUGUGGUUAUGAAGAUAAAACAGAAUGGGGGAAAGAGGUUGGGUGGAUAUAUGGCUCAGUUACGGAGGAUAUACUAAUAGGAUUCAAAAUGCACUGUCAUGGCUGGCAAUCAGUGUAUUGCAUACCGAAAAUGCCGGCAUUUAAGGGUUCAGCUCCUAUAAACCUCUCAGACUGGUGGAGGAAUGAACAAUUCUGGGUAAUUGGCGGCGUCUCAUCACACCUGUUUGCUCUCUUCCAGGGUCUGCUUAAGGUUUUGGCAGGGGUUGAUACAAACUUCACUGUUACAUCCAAAGCUGCAGAUGACGGGGGUUUUUCUGAGCUCUACCUCUUUAAAUGGACAUCUUUGUUGAUCCCCACCUUGUCCUUGCUGAUCAUAAACAUAAUUGGAGUUAUAGUCGGGGUCUCAGACGCCAUCAAUAAUGGUUAUGAUUCAUGGGGUCCGCUCUUCGGAAGGCUGUUUUUCGCCCUCUGGGUCAUUAUUCAUCUUUACCCAUUCCUUAAGGGAAUGAUGGGGAAACAGGACAAGGUUCCCACUAUUGUUGUUGUCUGGUCAAUCCUUCUAGCAUCAAUUUUCUCUCUUCUAUGGGUCCGAAUCAACCCGUUUGUGGCAAAAGGCGGUCUUGUAUUAGAACUUUGUGGUUUGGAUUGUGACUAAGAUGCACAGCACAGAAGGUUGAAGUUGAGUUCUAUUAUGUAGCAUAAGUGGGCUAAGUUUUUUGGUCAAAAGUGAAUAGAUCGCUUGGGCGGCUGUGGUUUGUUAACGAGGAUUAUCUUGUGGGAAAGCAAAGCUGCAGUGGGCAAAUCCUGUUCAUGUGCAUGUAGAUACAGAGGACAGGAUCCGACUCUGAUAUUUGUUCUGCAUACAUUCUUUUUUUAUACGUGGGAUUUUAUAGGCCGGAAGGGUUGAUUGUGUUAAGAUGAUCAGAUUGUAAUCCCAAGAGAAGAUAAAAAGAAAAGGCGAGUUUGAUUCAUGAUUUGUAUUCCCUCCUCAACAAGGGACUUCAUAUAAAAGUCUCAUCGUCAGUAAAAUGUUUGUCCUUCAAUUCACAACGCAGAACUAUGAUUAGAUUUAUUGGUGUAAUUUUUAAUUAAUAAAA